AUGGAUCUGGACAUUGAGAUGGGCGAUGCUGCCCAGCAGCCCUUUAUGGAGGAGCCCACCAGGGACAACGAUAUUCUGGUAAGGCCUUCUCCUGCAUCUCCGAUGCAGGCCCUCUUACCCAGCACCCACAUACUGAUGACGGCUCAAAGCAACCCGACGAGCCUGAAGAACUCGGCGAGGUCAUUGAGGAUGAAACAACAGCGGCGGACAACGAGUCUCAGACGGUGGUACCCAACAAGGUCAACGUCCGUGGAGUCGACACACUACACACAGACGACAUCAAGACGUACGUGAGGUCGCAUUUCGGCUCGGUCGACAGAGUCGAGUGGAUCGACGACACGUCCGCGAACCUCGUCUUCAGCUCCGAAUCGGUCGCGCGUGACGCCCUCGUGGCAUUGAGCAAUGUCGAGAUUGCGGACGCAACAGCGCUGGGCGUAGGCGAGAGCCUCCCCGGCAAGGCAGUCGACGGCAAGCCCGACAUCUCCCUCCAAAUCCGCUUCGCGGUCGAGAGCGACAGGAAGGAGGCCGGCGCCGCGCAGAGAAGCCGCUAUUAUCUCCUGCAUCCGGAGCACGACCCUGAAGAGCGGCGGAGACGGAACCAGGAGAAUAGGAGCAGGUACCGCGAGCGCGAGCGCGACAGCCGCGGCAGUGGCAGGUACAGGAGAAGAGGGUCCGACGACGAUGAGAUCGAGACCUACGAGGCCAGCAUGUAUGACGACGCACCCCGAGCUUCGCGCCGACGGUCGGAGUCGCGUGAGCGCUCGCGCGAGAGACGGCCUUCGUACUCGCAGCAGAACAAGGGCAAGGAGCUAUUUUCCAGCGGAAGGCCAUCUCGUGGCAGGGGAAGGUCUGCGUCGCCUAGCCGUGACCGUGACGGCGAUAUGUCGAUGGACGAAAGUGCUAGUUCUGCCGGCAACAGGAUCAAGGCUCGCUCCCUCAAGGAUCGCAUCACAUCCGACAGGGGCAACCGAUCCAAGGAGCUCUUCCCCACCAAGGCUACCGGCCGUGGCGGCCAGCUUGAUCAGCUCGAAAGCUCCACGGGCUCGGCUCAUCUCACAGAGGAGGACCAUCCCAAGAUUGUGGACGUACCCCACGGCUCGAACAGUAACUUUAACAUCCGGGGUUCGGCGAACCCGCGCAGCAACAACGGAGGAUUCAGCAUCAAGGGCACGGCGGCGAGCGCCAAGGAACUGUUCCCUACCAAGCUUGGAGGUAG